AUGUCAUACCUCUAUAUAAAUGCUAAUAGUUUACAAAUUACACCUGCUAUCGAAAAACAAAAAGCACACAAAGCACCAAUAUGGGCGGUUCGCUGGUCACCAACCGGCAAUGUGGUUGCUUCCGGGGGUUUAGACAAUGAAAUCAAAAUUUGGGAUGCGGAAACUGGAGACUAUUAUCGUACUCUCGAGGGACAUAUAUUAGCUAUUACGGGUUUAGAUAUCAAUGCAACAGGCGAAGCUCUCAUCUCAAUUUCAUUCGAUAAUACUAUUAAAAGAUGGAGUAUAUUAGAAGGUGUUUUGAUAAAUGACAUAGAAACCAAACCAGGGAAAGUUUGUUGUGGACAAUAUACCAAAGAUGGUAAUUACUUCGCCACUGCGUCACAACAGGGAACUAUUGAUCUCAGAAAAGAUUCCAAUCUUGAAGAAAUCAUCAGAACAUAUACUUCUGAGGGAAAAUAUGGUUUAUGUUGCCGAUUCAGUCCUGAUAACACUGUUCUGGCACUUGGCACUGAUAACGAUAAAAUUUAUUUGUUUGAUGUUGAAAGUGCGAGAAUGAUUCAUAAAUUGACUGGGCAUUCAGGAAAUCCCAUACUUUUUGAUAAAUUUUCUAGGAAACAUGGUAAUCAAAUAUCAAAAUGUACUGGGCACGAAGGAUAUGUUAUGUGCGUUGCGGCUGCUGGUGAUAAUAAACAUUUUGUAAGCGGAUCAUCUGAUUGUAAGAUUAAAUUAUGGCAACUUCCUGAAAAAAAUGAGAAAGCGCAACUUGUUGAAACAAUUGAAGAGCAUAAAGAAGCGGUUUCUUGUAUUUCUUGGAAUCCAGAUGGUAAUAAAUUUGUAAUUGGUACUGAUAAUUUUUUACUGAAAUGGUAUAGUGCCAUUUAA